GUCACGACAUGAAAAUAUAACCUAAACUCAUUGUUUACUGCUCCUUCUCUUUGCACUAGUUUUGAUUGAUUCGUAAAUUCAUUAUAUUCCUUUUGUUAGAUCGUCAUCAAAAUCAAAAUGACACAUCUUGGAAACCGAUUAAGUAUCUAUAUUGCUUUGUUUCAACAUGUAAAAAUAGUUCGACGAAUACACCGAACAAGUUGCUCUUUAAGGUUCCUUUCGUGAAUCGUAAAGCUUGAUGUCUGCUACACACCAAGCUCUGAUGGGCCAAAGCCCACGUGGAUAUUUACGAGGAUCAUAUUAACGUUGAAGAAAAUGUUGAUAACUAUUUGUAACGGACAUUUAGGAAAUAUCAAUCUCCAUUGAAAAGUUCAUUAUGUAUACAUUGGAUCGACUGUGUUAAUCAUGCAGUUGUUGUAGCUUUAAAUAAUAUUUUGUUGAACUUUUUCAUAUCCAUACUAUCCCACUUUCUACUAUGUUACUAUUAUAUGAGUACUAUACUAUUAUAUGAGUAAUAUGUCAUUCAGUGUGUCAGUCAUUAAGUGUUCCUACACUACAAAGGCUUCCCACCAUUUUUGUCUAGAUGGAUGAACUUACAGUCUGUAUAUUGUAACAUUUACCUUCAUUGUAUGCCUACAUUUUUUUAAAUUGUUUACAUUUAAACAACUGAAGUGAACAUUUAGCUUUAUUAAGUAAGGCUAAGUUGCUAGACCAGUAUUGAUAAAAUUUAGCAAUAGUAAAUUUUAUCAAUACUGGUCUAGCAGCUUAGCUAACUUAACUUCAAACAUGGGCUACUUUUAUUUAUUAAAAAAUCAACACCUAGGCAUAAAAUUACUUUUGUAAUAUACAAUACUUUGCUGUGCGCAGAAGUAUGGGCAAUAUUUUGAAUAAAUGAUAAUAUGAAUUCAGAGUCAAUUUUAUAUUGCAAUCAAAUAAUUCAAGACUUAUUUGAUUGCAAUAUAAAAUGCAAAUUGAGAUGACUUUUUUCUUGAGAAAUAUCCAAAGGUUGAACAGAUCUGAAUUAUAACCUACAUUUCAUAAAGUAGUACUUUCACUAUUUAGGUACUUACAUUAUAUAAAAUUUACUAGAUAAUCAUAUCAGACAUGUAGACAUUUAAGGGUUAAAUUAAAGUAUAUAUUUAGGUACACAAAUAUAUAUUUCAAAUUUUUGAACACAUUUAAUGAUAUUUUUUAAAACACUUUGCUUGAUUUUUGGUAGCUAUUUCCAUUUUAUAACCACCAGACUGGGUAGAUUUUCUUCUUUUGCAAUCUUCUAACACUCUAUGUAUAGAUAUACUGUGUUAAUUUUCUCAAAACUUUGUUUUUUGCCAAUACUCGAAGCUGGUAAUGGUUUAUCACAUGUGUUAGCUACGCUAAGUCGCAGUUUCUGCCAAUAGCACAAGGCAGAUGUUACUGAAGGCUUCUAUUCUUUUAAUUAACCAGUAAGCAAAUCAGAUUCCAUGUUUGAACCACCUGCAGAUGCAGCACAGUCAUCACGUUUUAUAUUUUCAAUAGUUUCUUUAUCUUCAUUUAUACUAACAGAAACUGAGUACAUCUUGAAUCAAAUCCUGCGCUCCGUAGUCACUUUUGCUUUCAUAAUGCAGCUGUUUCCAUCCCUCUUUCUACGUAACCAAUGGGAGAGUCAACGUAGGAAUCUCGAGGCGACUGAGUUUUUUCGCUUCUCUUAUUACUAUAGCGUUGUACAUUUCAUUAUUGUGCUUAUAUUCCAGAAGCAUCAGAAGAUUUACUUUUGGAAGAUUUCGGCUGUCGCGUCGGUGCGUACAAAUCCCUCGCUGGUCUUCAUCAUGAGAUAAUAGUAACAAUAUGUUCUAAUGGCGGUUAAUGAACAUGCAAGCGUGGUGUCGUUGGUUAAAAAAGAACGCGGAUUUUUUUUUAUUUACUGUUUGUUUUCGUAGAUGGUAUUUUUCUUGUGUUAAUGCUCCAUCGUUCGCCUUUUGUUUACGUUUACAAUUUUGGUUUCUAAAAUCAAAUAUGUAGGGUAGGUAGGUAGGUAGUGGGUACCUACUGGACUGGGUUUGACGUUUGAUAUAUGUCAGUCAUACAAAUAUUUUUUUUUCCGGAAACUAAGGAAAGUGAAGCACUGACAUCGUUUAACAAACUGGUCUCAGAGUUCCGGAUAAUAAAUUAAAUUUUCAAAAAAUUAUAUCUUUGUAAAUAAAAGUAGGAAAAAAAAUUUAAAAGAUAUAGGUGGCCUAUUUUACUGACCGACUGAAGAUCUUACCUCGUAGGUAGUCCAUAUUUUAAUAAGUCUUCACGUGUGAAGUGUUUCGAGCUUUUUUCGACCGUUUACUGGUUCGACAACUUUACAGCGUCAGGCGUAUCCCAUAGUUUUCGAAAUUUUUAUCUUAUGGAAAACCUUUUUUCACAAUAUUUCGGCACCCAAAUAUGCUACACUGUUGAAUAUUUUCACACACGAAUACUUACAUAAUGAAAGGAUUAAUAAAGUACUCUAAUAUAGUCGUUUUAAUCCACAUAGCAAAAGGCGGCAAAGCUUUUGUGUACCUAACAUACAGUGGCGGGAUGAAUGUGGUAAUACUCUAUUUCUCUUGCUUGUCUACAUCCGUCGAGUCGAAGAAUUUAAUUAGUCACUGUCAACGUCAAAUAAUUAUCAAAACUAAAAACGAAAUUGAAAAUCAUGAAUUUAUUUUGAAGUGAGUGAAGUGAAUUACCUGCUUGCUCUAGACGUAUGACCAGCGAAAUAUCAUUCUUCCACCCAUAAGAUUUUGUUAAAACGUAUUGGGCAAACAGACACAAACAGGGUAUCCAACGAUAGCUAUCAUAAUAAUUCGCAUUCUUUAGUUGUGCAGUUGUUCUAUUAAAAAUGCCCCAUGGUCAUUGCCACGACCACCAUGACCAUGAUCAUGAUCAUUCGGAUGAUGUUGGAAUUCAAUACAAUUUGUAUGAGAAAAUAGAUAAGGAAAAUUUACAAUGCUUGAACGAAACUGUUGAAGGAUCUGGGAGAACUGUAUUUAAACCAUGGGAAAAAAGAUUUGAUAAGUCUGAGUUUGUUAAAAGUGAUGCUGAUGAAGAGUUAUUAUUUAACAUUCCUUUUACUGGAAAUGUAAAACUAAAAGGAAUAAGAAUAAUAUCUGAAGAGACUGAUUCACAUCCAAAGAAACUGAGACUUUUCAAAAAUAAACCAAAUAUGACAUUUGAUGAUGUGUCAAUGGAACCUGAUCAAGUCUUUGAAUUACAAAAAGAUAGUCAAGGUCUUCUUGAGUAUAAUCCGAAGAUUGUUACAUUUUCUUCAGUAACUCAUUUGACUAUGCACUUCCCAAGUAAUUUUGGUGCUGAAAAUACGACUAUUUACUACAUUGGCCUAAAAGGUGAGUGGACACCUGGACACAGGCAUGGAGUCACAAUUUGUACAUAUGAAGCAAGACCCAAUCUUGAUGAUCAUAAGUUGAAGCACUUAGACUCUGUUUCUAAAACGAUUGACUAGUUUUUCAAUAACAUUUUUGUAUAUAAUUUAAAGUAAUAUACUAUUUUAUCAUUA